ACUACUGGUGUUCUGCAAUUCCUUCUACACGGCGAGGCGUUCAACACAUGCGCACAUCGGUUAAAAGCUCAGAUGGACCUUGAAGUACAUGCACACACCACUUCCAAAUAUGAGAGCCCAUCUAUGGAGGACAGUGGCGAUCCAUCACCUGAUUUUGAACCUCUCUUCAUCCAAGAAGAGAACGGAGAUCCUGGGAGCGGCUGGUCCGAUCUGGCUUUUACAAGGACACGGAUGAGUCCAACAUCUUUAAUGGGGCCGUACCUGCGAGAGAUGGAUGACCUACUCAAGAACUGUGAGGAGCUCACCGUGAUCCCGCUUGAGUCAGAUUCAGAGGGCUCACUAGCUGAAAGAGAAAUAUCACCAUAUUUUUCAACGAGCUGUGCUGGAAAUAAGAUGGAGAUGACGGAGGACCGUGUUCGACAUCGGUUCCAAGAAGACUUGCCAAUUACUUCAGCGGGAAACGAACUGAGCAACACCAUGGUGCAAUAUGAGGGUCAACUGAUGGGGAUGUUGGCCAUGCUGGAGAGCUGCAUGGAAGAGGCUGGCAUGGAUUUGGAUGUGAGCCAAGAUUAUGUGCAUGUGGACAAAGGCAAAGAUUUGAUGUCAGAGAACCAGCAUUGUAAAGCCAGUACAGACUCUUGUGGUACUUAUCCCUCAAUAGACCUAUCUGAAUCAAACGUUCACAACCAUCACUUUGAGUCAGAUACGUUUGAAGUAAAUGAAUCGAAUGGCACUAAAUUUCCAACAGAAUCCUUGAAGAUGGAUAGGAGUUUCAGCAUGGAUGGAUUCGAGGAACUGAAGUCUCAGAUGGAGGAGUGUAUCGAGGAGUUACAGCGUUUAGAGAGGAGAAGGAAGGAUUUACUGGCAGAAGUGCUAGAUUUGAGGAGACAGGAAGCCCAGAAGGAAGAAGCAGCAGAGGCUCAUGUUUCAAGCAAAGUCAGCGAGUUGAUGGCGGAACUGAAAAAAGAGGAAAACGACCGAAAAGAGCAGAAGAAAAGGGAGGUGGACAACCUUAAGUCAGAACGAGCUGAAGAGGAGCGACGAGUGUGGAAAGCUGAAAUGGAGAGGCAGGUGUUGCGCGAUGAGAUGCGCAAACUGAAGAAGCAGCUGUUUGAGAGGGCCCGGGAUAGCGCACACACCCAGGCGGCCCUCAACAAGCAACGCCAUGAAAUGGAUUUCCAGAAGAGAGAAAAGGAGAAUCUGCAGAGGCUGUUCCUGCAAAUGACCGAGGAGGGGUCACAGCUUAGGUCAGCACACCAGAAACAUAUCCAGGACCUCCAAGAGAAACUUCGGAUUUGUAGAGUCAACCAGACCAGCAACACAACUCAGGAAGAGUUGUCCAAGAGGAACUCCUGCGGGGACAUCCAGCAGUACCUGCAGGAAAGCCUGAAAACCCUUGAAAACAAGUAUGAACCAGUGUUGCUGGCCCUGCAGAAGAGAAAGGAGACUACUACGGGGGCUGUGGUGAAAGCCAAACAGCACACUCGCGAGCUUAAGGUCAAGCUCGGACCCCUGCGCGAGGAGAUGCAAAGUCAGGUGCUGCAGAGGGCUCGCUUGGAGGAAAAAGUUAAACUUGUUCACAUACAAAGGAGAGAAGAGGCUGCACACUACGAGGAGAGCAUUAGUUGUCUCGAGCGAAGUAGCCGAGAGUUGAAGAUGGAGUUGACAAUACAGAGAAGAAAGAACAAAGAGGCAGCAGAGCUGAAGGAUCGUCUUGCCAAACAAAUAAUCCUUUAUAGGUCUGCUACUACGGAACACCGAGAGGAAACCUGAUUUAUGGCUCUAGAUUAGUUUUUUUUUUUUUAAAUAUAUAUAAGAAGAAUGCACUUUACACUUGUUUUUGGAUCGUUUGAUAAGAUAGCUUGUAGAAAUGUCCUUUUCAAUAAACAAAUGAUUUGUUAUCAUUGUAGUUUGCAAAUUCACAGGAGUGGUUGACCCUGCUAAUGCUUUUCUGAUUUAAAGCUUUGGUUUAAUUACUUUCUUCCACUCAUAUUCAACAAUCACUUUUUCAGGACCCUUUAUUGGAAGGUUAUCCGGCUAAAUACCUGCAUAAGACACAAUUGUUACAUGUACUUUACGCACGCUUGAAAUACUGUGUGGCACACUUAUAUGUUGUGUGACAUGGCUAAGAAAGCUUGGCAAUUGGCAUAGUUCUUAUUUCAUGUUUUUUCAUUUUUACCAAAAAUUUUUAUUUAUGAAUGAAAACAUUGGCAACAAAAAACAUGAUAAUGUAUAAAUGUUGACAUCAUUAAGUCUUUUUAAAUGUGUCUUCUGGCCUUUGAAAAUAAAUCAGUUUGGCCAUGUUUAAUGCCAUCAACAAAUGAGGAGUUCAAAUCUAGGCUCGCACCCACAUAUGUUGAGUUUGCAUGCUCUUCCACAAAUUA